AUAGUAACCGCUCUAAAUUGGUUUGGUACCCAGGGCUCCCUGAUGCACCUCGUUUGACCACCCCCAAGGAGCCGGUGGUGGAGGGGACUCCUGUGGAGCUGGGGUGCUCUGCCCCGUCCUACUGUGACACCCAACCCCCCACUGUGACGUGGACCCCCGCCCUGGGGCUCAGCACCCAGCUCCAGCAGAACGAUACCGUGACCUCCACUCUGACCUUCAACGCCUCCCACCUCCACCAUGGAAACAAUGUCUCCUGCACUGCGGCCUACUACAUACCAUCUGGGAACAAAACUGUGACGUCUACAAGACACCAACUCAGUAUCUCAUAUGCCCCCAGGAACACCUCUGCUGUCGGCAGCCUGUGUCUUCCAGCCGGAGAGAGAGGCUGCCUCAACCUGACCUGCACCAGUCAUGCUAACCCUGCUGUCAGCGAGGUCACCUGGUACCGAAUACACGGAGAACAGAUCCUUGAGAUCGGGACUGGAUCUUCUCUGUCCAUCCAGCUGUGGAACGCCAAUAACGUUUUCUUCUGUGAGGUCCGGAAUGACUAUGGCACCGAAAAGUCUAAUUUCUACAAGAUUUACAUCCAAAACUUGGUGCUAUGCAUUGGCAAAUCUGCUGUGAUAAUCGUGGGCUUAGUAUGCGUGGUUGUGUGUAUUAUAAGGCGUAGAGAGAAAGAUGAAGUAGAGCUUUUACUCUUCAGGAACUUCAUAUCAAGUCCUUCACCUCUAUCACUUCUGAAGGAGAACAUGACUGGAUCCUGGAGACUAUUUCUGCUCUGUAGUCUCCUGCUAGAUGCUGGGUGCAACGCUGCAGAAUUUGAGGUCCUAGUGCCAGCAAGUGUGAUGACACUCAGUGGAUCCUGUGUUACCGUUCCUUGUUCCUUCAUCUUGAGGGACGGGUUUGAUGCCUGGCUAAAGCCUGAAUGUGGAAAAUAUUGGUAUAAAAUUCUAUAUCAACCUAUAAGUUCUACAACAUUCAGGGGGGACCUUACCGCAUACAACUGUACCACAACAUUCAAUAACGUACAUGAAGACAAUGUUCAAUAUUAUUUUAGAAUUCAAUGUGAUGGAAGUGGUUUAAAAUAUCAUUUUUAUGAAAACCCAGUGACCAUCGGGAUCAAGGGGCUCCCUGAUGCACCUCGUUUGACCCCCCCCAAGGAGCCGGUGGUGGAGGGGACUCCUGUGGAGCUGGGGUGCUCUGCCCCGUCCUACUGUGACACCCACCCCCCCACUGUGACGUGGACCCCCGCCCUGGGGCUCAACACCCAGCUCCAGCAGAACGAUACGGUGACCUCCACUCUGACCUUCAACGCCUCCCACCUCCACCAUGGAAACAAUGUCUCCUGCACUGCAGCCUACUACAUACCAUCUGGGAACAAAACUGUGACGUCUACGAGAUACCAACUCAGUAUCUCAUAUGCCCCCAGGAACACCUCUGCUGUCGGCAGCCCGUGUCUUCCAGCCAGAGAGGGAGGCUGCCUCAACCUGACCUGCACCAGUCAUGCUAACCCUGCUGUCAGCGAGUUCACCUGGUACCGAAUACACGGAGAACACAUCCUUAAGAUCGGGACUGGAUCUUCUCUGUCCAUCCAGCUGUGGAACGCCAAUAACGUUUUCUUCUGUGAGGUCCGGAAUGACUUUGGCACAGAAAAGUCUAAUGUCUACAAGAUUGACUUUCAAACUCCUCCCAGGAUCCUGCCCUCUUCAAGCUGCAGCAGAAUUGCAGCCUGGGUGCGAUGUUCCUGCUACAGCGUGGGCAGACCAUCACCGUCUCUGGAGUGGUGGUUGGAUGGGAAACUGGUGUUGGGUUCUGAAGACGUGUCUGUUAGCCAGGUCAACCUGGAGAACGCCACGUUGAGGAGCUCCCUCACAAUGAGGGCCCCUGCUGGUCUGACAGCCUUGACCUGCCACAGCUCCAACGCUGCCGGGAACACCAGCCAGGAGCUUCCUGUCCCCCACCUGGAUACACAGCCAAACCUGACAGGUCUGACCUCAGAACAACUGCCCUGGAUAGCUGCUACUGCAGUGCUAGCCGCGUGUCUGCUGUUUGCAACAGUGUGUGCCGUAAGAGCUUGGAAAAUGGCCACCCGAACAAGACUUGGCAGUGAUGGCCUACUCAACAAAGCUCCCCCCAACCAAGGGAACUCCAAGGUGUUCUUCAAAAGUGGGGAGGACAUCUAUGCUAACAUUGAUACACUGAUGAACACGGUCGGACCGAGACGGGAUCCUGUUGGAGCAGGAGAAGAGGCUGCUGGACUGGGAGAAGGGGCUGUUGGACUGGGAGAAGGGGCUGUUGGACUGGGAGAAGGGGCUGUUGGACUGGGAGAAGGGGCCGACUGUGAUGUCCUGUACACAACAGUGAAAUGGAAGAAGAAGUCCUAGAAAAAAGAGGUCUGAGCUCCUGGGGCAGAGACCCUCUGGGGCCCAGGGCCCCGGAGGCCCAUACACUUCCUCUGGGGUGGAUGAGGGAUGAGCUAAUGCUCAAUGGAUGAAGUUUGCAUGGUGCUUUUUAUUACCUCCUUGAUAAAAUGCAAUUUGCGUAUUUUUAUUGUUUGCGUUCUCUCUUUAACGUGCAUACAUUGCAUUAUCGUGGUCUGCACAAACGUGUCAUCAUGUGUGUAUUCUGCUAACUGCACUGUCCAUAACUAUUUGAUAGGACUUCAUUGUAGCGUAUGUUACAGGAUGUUGCGGAUGAGUUUCAGCGAGACCGCCUGCACUCAACAACCAAUCAUCAUACUGACCGCUAAACUUGUGCCCGAUAAUCGACGUAAGGGGGUGCCAUUCUUAGUUCACUCUUGUUGAUUUAUCCUAGUAUGAGUAGGUCUCAGCGGCUUUGUGAAUUACUUUAAGAAAACUCCUACGUAAAAACUUUUAGAGCACGUUAAGAGCACUCCUUGCGGUAAGAUAAAAAGCUUUGUGAAUACGGCCCCAGAUGUCUAGUAAAUCAGAGGUUAAAAAAAAGGUUGGGUGAUGACCGAAAGGACGAGAUCGCGGGUACAAGCGGCCGAGAUGAGUUUUCUCAGAAGGGUGGUUGGCGUCUCCCUUAGGGAUAGGGUGAGAAGCUCAGCCAUCCGUGAGGAACUCGGAUUAGAGCCGCUGCUCCUUUACUUAGAAAGGAGUCAGCUGAGGUGGUUCGGGCAUCUGGCAAGGAUGCCCACUGGGCGCCUCCCUUGGGAGGUGUUUCAGGCACGUCCAGUGGGGAGGAGGAGACCUCGGGGAAGACCCAGGAAUAGGUGGAGAGAUUAUAUCUCAACACUGGCCUGGGAACGCCUCGGGAUCCCCCCGUCAGAGCUGGUCGAUGUGGCCCGGGAAAGGGAAGUCUGGGGCCCCCUGCUUGAGCUGCUCCCCCCGCGACCCGACCCCGGAUAAGCGGAUGACGAUGAGAUGAGAUGAGAGAUGCUGCAGCAGUGAACUCUGUCAGUGUGGCACGGAGCGCACAGUCCCAGAAUUAAAAAAGAAGUGGUCAUAAAGGUACAUAUUUUUAUGUAGGCCUACAAAUAAAUCGUUAUG